UCGACCUCGAUUAGGCCACGCACAGGCGCACGCGCGCGCGCGCGCGUUCACACGACUCGUUUCGAGUUUCGACGCUCGGCUCGUAACCGCAUCCUACUACACUAUAACACCACUCUUGUCCGGCCAUACGUUGCUAAGCGUUAUCCCCCUCUUCUCGCCGAGAGAAGUUCAUUCAUACGUUAUUCAGUUCAGCGGUUCUCCUGCGUCUUACGAUGAAAUCGAUUCGUAAGCGAGUACGUCAUCUUUGAAUCGAUUCGAUUCGAUAUAGUUCGGUUUUAGUAGUUUGCACAAACUCCGAUUUCAUAUUAUUCGGUUUUCGAAACGUAAAAGGACAGCUAGAAGAGUAGCGUGACGCUUGCAGAGACAACGGAGAAGGAAAAGCGUAGGAAUGAGCGAGUAAGUCGUAGGAGAGGAAAAAAGAGUGAAUGGACGGUGGCCUCCAUCAAUGAAACAGCGAUCCUCAAACACAGUCUUUGCGAGAAACAUCGAUCGAGCAAUUUAAUCGGCAGGUAUCGGCAAGAGAAAGGAAUUAUUGAACGGUAGCGGAAUGGAAUCAGGUAUGCAAGCGACGCGUUGGAAGCAUGGAACGUUUAUAUCGUUAAAGAGCGUUCGUUGUCUUUGCAAGAUCGCGAUAUCGCGACGAGAAGCCAAAAUGAUUUUACAAAUAGAUAAGGGAGGGCGACGAAGGAGAAAAGCGCGGAGGAAGUUGUCCCGUUGUUGGCGUGUACCGAGCUACUCGAAGAAGCGUGAACGUAAGGAGAGAUUAAAAUAGUUGGAAAAGUCUUGUCGAAUACCCACGUAAGAUGGAGAAGUCUGCAAGUAAUAACACGUUUGGAAUAGGAAGACGCUAGCGAGAACAGCGUGAACCGGGUGAACCGCGUAAACUGCCUACGCGCGUUACGGCUGCGAGUAGUGCCCGAUACUUACGUGGGCCGUUGCACCGAUUACGCGGUUCGCGUUGCUCGCUUGCCUCCCGAGAUAUUCCUACUACACGAUACCUUUAUUCUUUAACGUCGCAUUUUUAUCGCUAUUCGACUAUCAACAAAACGCAGAGUUACCGGUUUUUAUCGAUCGCACUUUCGAAACGCUCAAGGGAGAUUUUUCCUUGCAAAGACACGACGAUAUCGAACGACACACCUCGCGCAACUCUAUGAAUUCGACGCAACCUACCUAGCUACCUAAACGAAAAAUAGUUUGAAAUAUCGAAUCGCACGAAUCCCGAACGGUGCGAAUAUCUAUCAGAGAAUGAGUUUUCAGACGGAAUGCCGUGGACAAGGCUAACGAAAACAUUUCAGACAUAGUGUCUGCAUUUCAUUUAGAAAGGAAAGAUGGAAAGAAAUAAGGAAAUGGAUGAGAUGACGUACAGUGGACAAGGAUAGAGUGUAGUCGAGAGAAGUGGAAAAUGGUUUACGAUGUAGAGUGAAUUGUUGGAGUAGACUACUGUAGAAUGGAGUGGAGUGGAGUGGAGUGGAGUGGAGUGGAGCGGAGUGGAGUGGAGUGGAGCGGAGUGGAGCGGAGUGGAGCGGAGUGGAGCAGAGUGGAGCAGAGUGGAGCAGAGUGGAGCAGAGUGGAGCGGAGUGGAGCGGAGACAGAAGAGCAGAGAAGGGAGCAUUCAUUCAUGUUGUUCGUUCGUGGAAUCGAGGGUAGUCUUCUUGGCGUGGAACUAGACGAAAAAGGUCAAGAGUUUCUCAACGAAUACUUGUCUCUCGACGAAGGCAAAUACCUCGCCGAAUUGCACGAGUUUCAAGAUACAGCGAUCGAGAUCGACUUGAUCGAUGAAAAAACGAAGCAUCGGCCGGUUCAUCAAGCACCUAGAGUUGUUUAUCAGAUCGGGGAUAGCGAAGAGGAGUUACCCGAAUGUUUGGACCGAAGCCAAGUUUGCAGCAAGGUGGAUUUAUAUGGGUCGCCGUGGGUCGAGAGGCAGUGCCGUUGCCCGGAUGCUCGUAGCUGUCCUAGUAGCUUGCACGGAGACGACGGACACACGAUAGUCGAUAAAACACGCCAGUACAAGCUUUGCGAGCCAGUGAAACGUCUUCCCAUUUGUCGUUAUUUCAAGGAUGUCACAUGGACCGUAGCUCCUGGAGGGGGCCCGGCGAACGCGACAGUUCAGAGAGUUUACUGUCGAUGUCGACCAGCCAGCGUACCCUAUCUAGUUCGAAGACAAGCAUUCAGGUCUCCCGAGGGAAAUUCUGGAUUUAUUUAUGCUUUCGCGUGCUCUCCGCAAAGUAGGCUGCGCUGUCAACGCAAGGAACCUUGUCGACUGUUUACCGUACGAAAGAGACAAAGCUCGCAACUCGAAGAGGUGAACGCUUCGCCUCUUUGCCAAUGUCCAAAGGGUCAUCGGUGUCCCAGACGACACACGGAUCCGGGAUCGCUUCCGGCUAGAUCGUAUUCCGGCGUUUUGGAGAUCAAAACUUACAGUGGGUAUUGCGUGCCCCUGCAACCGCAUCAUUCCGAAGCAGUUUACACCGUAUGAGACAUCCGCUCAUUGACAGUGGCAUCAGUCCCGUCAGUCGCGUCAGCCGCGUCAGUCGCAGCUUAGAUCGGACUUGUAAAAAUGGCGCGCGAGUAACGCGGAAACGAACUGCGAGUCGAGUCGAGUCGAGGUGGACGCGUCCGCGCAUUCGAUGCGUCGAGGAAUGCUCGACCAAAUCGCGACCGAUUUACAUUCGAAUCGUAAGGAAUCGUUGCGACAGCACAGGAUCGACCGCUAUUAUUGUACGCGUACUUUGCUCUCGCACCCUUUUCGCCUAUUUUUACUUUCCUUUCGUAUUACGUCAUCGUACCUAUGUAACGUUGCUCUUGUAAAUAUUUCAUUCCCAAAGGUAGCGGAAUACUCUCUCUCUGUCGAUACGAUAAGCUAAAUAUGAAUAUAAAGACGAAUAUGAAUAAACGCGUAAUAAAGAAUUUUGUAUUAUUCGUGACAA